GAAAGAGCAACGGCAAGAUGCUAAGGCCUAAAAAUAAUUUCUAUACACGAGUGCUUGCUAUUUUUGGAUUUGUCUUACUAACUUUGUCCACCCAAAUUUUUUUAUGCUGCAAAUAAAUAAAUACAUACAUACAUAACUCCUUUGUCAAGCACUGAGUGUCAUACAAGUAGAAAGAAAUCCCCGACAACGCGCUGAUAACGAAAAGUGGCACUUGAUUGCAUUUCCAAGCUUAAAAUAAGCUCAUACUAAUAAAAUGAACUUCAAUAAAAUUUUUGUUCUCUUGGCUGUCUUCAUUGCCGUCUUCGCUGGUCAAACUGAAGCAGGAUGGUUGAGAAAGAUUGGCAAGAAAAUUGAGCGUGUCGGUCAACAUACUCGUGAUGUCAUAAUCCAGACUAUUUCUGUGGCUCAGCAGGCAGCCAAUGUUGCAGCAACUGUUAAAGGAAAAACUGAACAUGUUCGGAAGUUAUGUACCUAAAUUAAAAUUAUUUAUGUAAAUAUAAUAAAGACAAUUUUUUCAAAAACUAAA